AUGGCUGUUCACAGAACUUUAAGUGUGGUUUUCUUGGUGCUAUUAGGUGUGGGCAUGAGUGUGGCAACUAGAGCUCUCUUGACUGCUGGAGGGGGUAUUCCCUACGCUCAUGGUGUUAUAGAAGGAGGCGGAGGCGGUGGUGGUGGAGGGGGUAGUGGCGGUGGAGGGGGUGGUGGUUAUGGGGCUGGAGGAGAACACGGAGCUGGAUCUGGAGGUGGAGCUGGAGCUGGUGAAGGCGGUGGUGCAGGGUAUGGCGGUGGCGCUGCUGGAGGUGGAGGCGGAGGUGGUGGGAGCGGAGGAGGUAGUGGAGGAGGAGGAGGAGCACAUGGUGGCGGUUAUGGUGGUGGAGAAGGAGCUGGAAGCGGUGGUGGAUACGGUGGUGCUGGAGGAGCCGGUGGUGGAGGUGGACAUGGUGGUGGUGGUGGUGGAGGAGGAGGAUCCGGUGGUGGUGGUGCUGCUGGAGGAAGUGGAUAUGGUACUGGUGGUGGUGCUGGAGGAGGUGCUGGAGGAUCACAUGGUGGACACUCUGGAGGAGGAGGUGGUGGUGGUGGUUCAGGAGGAGGAGGUGGAGGCGGUGGUGGUGAGCAUGGAGCAGCUGGAUAUGGUGGUGGUAGUGGGAGUGGUGAAGGCGCUGGUCAUGGUGGCUAUAUGCCGUGA